AGAACCGCUUUUUCGCAACGGGUUUGCCGUCAGAACGCAGGUGUUGUGAAAGCCACCGCUAAUUCAAAGCAAAAAUGGGAAAGGAAAAGACUCACAUCAACAUCGUCGUAAUUGGACACGUAGAUUCCGGCAAGUCCACCACAACCGGCCACCUGAUCUACAAAUGUGGUGGAAUCGACAAAAGAACCAUUGAAAAGUUUGAGAAGGAGGCUGCGGAGAUGGGAAAAGGCUCCUUAAAGUAUGCCUGGGUCCUGGACAAACUGAAAGCUGAGCGUGAGCGUGGUAUCACUAUUGACAUCUCCCUGUGGAAAUUUGAGACCAGCAAGUACUAUGUGACUAUCAUUGAUGCCCCAGGACACAGGGACUUCAUCAAGAACAUGAUUACAGGCACAUCUCAGGCUGACUGCGCUGUCCUGAUUGUUGCUGCUGGUGUUGGUGAAUUUGAAGCUGGUAUCUCCAAGAACGGGCAGACCCGUGAGCAUGCUCUUCUGGCUUACACUUUGGGUGUGAAACAGCUAAUUGUUGGUGUCAACAAAAUGGAUUCCACCGAGCCACCAUACAGUCAGAAGAGAUACGAGGAAAUCGUUAAGGAAGUCAGCACCUACAUUAAGAAAAUUGGCUACAACCCUGACACAGUAGCAUUUGUGCCAAUUUCUGGUUGGAAUGGUGACAACAUGCUGGAGCCAAGUGCUAAUAUGCCGUGGUUCAAGGGAUGGAAAGUCACCCGCAAAGAUGGCAGUGCCAGUGGCACCACGCUGCUGGAAGCUUUGGACUGCAUUCUGCCGCCAACUCGUCCAACUGACAAGCCUCUGCGACUGCCCCUCCAGGAUGUCUAUAAAAUUGGCGGCAUUGGCACUGUCCCCGUGGGCCGAGUGGAAACUGGUGUUCUCAAACCUGGUAUGGUGGUUACCUUUGCUCCAGUCAAUGUAACAACUGAAGUCAAGUCUGUGGAAAUGCACCAUGAAGCUUUGAGUGAAGCUCUGCCUGGGGACAAUGUAGGCUUCAACGUAAAGAACGUGUCUGUCAAAGACGUUAGACGUGGCAAUGUUGCUGGGGACAGCAAAAAUGACCCACCAAUGGAAGUAGCUGGCUUCACUGCUCAGGUGAUUAUCCUGAACCAUCCAGGCCAGAUCAGUGCUGGCUAUGCCCCUGUUCUGGACUGCCACACGGCCCACAUAGCAUGCAAGUUUGCCGAGCUUAAAGAGAAGAUCGAUCGUCGUUCUGGUAAGAAGCUGGAAGAUGGCCCCAAAUUCUUGAAGUCUGGUGAUGCUGCCAUUGUUGACAUGGUCCCUGGCAAGCCCAUGUGUGUUGAAAGCUUCUCUGACUACCCUCCACUUGGUCGUUUUGCUGUUCGUGACAUGAGGCAGACAGUUGCUGUGGGUGUCAUCAAAGCCGUGGACAAGAAGGCUGCAGGAGCUGGCAAAGUCACCAAGUCUGCCCAGAAAGCUCAGAAGGCUAAAUGAAUAUUAUCCCUAACACCUGCCACCCCAGUCUUAAUCAGUGGUGGAAGAACGGUCUCAGAACUGUUUGUCUCAAUUGGCCAUUUAAGUUUAAUAGUAAAAGACUGGUUAAUGAUAACAAUGCAUCGUAAAACCUUCAGAAGGAAAGAAUGUUUUGUGGACCAUUUUUUUUGUGAGUGGCAGUUUUAAGUUAUUAGUUUUCAAAAUCAGUACUUUUUAAUGGAAACAACUUGACCAAAAAUCUGUCACAGAAUUUUGAGACCAUUAAAACAAGUUUAAUGAGAAAAAAAAAAAA